AUGGCCGAAGAAGUGACUUUAAUUUGCAAGCGCACCGUGGUAAGCACAAAGCCAGUCCCUCCGGGGAAAUUCUUCCCUCUAUCUAAAAUUGACCAACUCAUGGAGAAAAACCACCUUAGGAUGGUCUUCUAUUACCCACCAAUUGGCGACAUGUUGGAAUCUGGUCAAGUGACUCGUAGGCUUAGAGAGUCUCUAGCCGAACUGCUUACACAUUUUCCGGCCGUGACUGGAAGGUUGUUGAGGAAUGACAAAGGGCAGUGGAUGAUUAAGUGUAACGAUGCCGGAGUGAGAAUGAUUGAAGCAAGAGCUAAAGGGAGUGUGGAGGAUUGGUUUAAAUGUGUGAAUAGAGAGAAGGAAUUUAAGCUUGUUUAUUGGGAGGAAAUGUAUCACAAGCCAUAUUUUUGGUCCACCUUUUAUGUUCAGCUAACUGAAUUUGAGGAUGGUGGAUUUGCGGUUGGCCUAAGUUGCAUCCAUCUGGUUGGUGACAUCACUUGUGCAACCAUGUUCAUCAACUCAUGGGCACAGACAACCUUCUACGGCAAAAUGGUGGCUUCAUAUUUCCAUCCAUUGCCACCAAGAAAGCCAGGCAACAAGAAACCAAAUCACACUCCUUACAUUUCCUUGAUCAACCACUACAAAUCUACAAUUGAGAAAUCCAACUCUAUUAUUCCCAUGGUAGAGACAAAAUACACAACCGCUUCUUUUGCGUUUGCUGACCGUGCGGUUCGGGCCUGCAUGGCCACGACCCAAAGAAGGCACGGCCCAUCUCCCUUUGAGGCCCUAGCUGGGCUCUUUUGGGUCUGCAUCAGCAAAGUGAAAGGAUUAACAAAUGGGCUUGUGGACAUGUCGGUGUGUUUCGACAUGAGGACUGUUCUGGGAGUGGAUAAGCGUUUCUUUGGGAAUUGCAUGGUUUAUAACAGUGUCCAUGCAAAGGGUUUUCGAGAAAACGACUUGUCGGGUGCUGCCAAUGCCAUAGCAGAAGUGGUGGCGAAGAUGGAUAACGAGGGCAUCAUGGAUUUGAUCGAGUGGCUUCAACGAAGGGACGACGAAAAGCUUCCGUUGAUGAAUGGAUGUGAUCUUGUUUGCGCUAGCUUAGGGCCCGCGGACCCGUAUUUGGCCAUGUUUGGAGGCGGGGUUAGACCAAUCCGUGUGUCGUAUUAUGUUGAACCAGUGUUGGGAUUAGGACAGGUGUUGGUCUUCCCGGGCCCACCAGGAGAGGGCCCACUGAGCAGGGUGGUCAUGGUUACGCUUCCACAUGAUGAAGUGGUCAGGCUUUGUGAAGAUGAUCUUCUUUUGCGUUUCACUCCAGCUAUUAUAAUGGGAUUGAACAUAAACUAG